UCCGCCCCCGGCACGGUGCGCACGCCCGCGUCCCCGCGAGUCCGUCCCCGGCCCGAGUCCCCGCGAGCCCGUCCCGCGGCCGCCGCCCCGCAGACGCGACCUCAGGCCCCGCCGCCCGCCGCCCGCCGCGAUGCGCCCCCCGGGGCCCGUGGGAGCCGCGCUCCUGGCGCUGCUGGCGGCGCACUUGCAGGCGAGCCCGGCGCUGGAGGAGAAGAGAGUCUGCCAAGGCACGAGUAACCGGCUCACCCAGUUGGGCACUUUUGAAGACCACUUCCUGAGCCUUCAGAGGAUGUUCAAUAACUGUGAGGUGGUCCUGGGGAAUUUGGAAAUUACCUACAUGCAAAGGAAUUAUGACCUUUCCUUCUUAAAGACCAUCCAGGAAGUUGCCGGGUAUGUAUUGAUUGCCCUCAACACGGUGGAGAAGAUUCCUUUGGAAAACCUGCAGAUCAUCCGAGGAAAUGUGCUCUAUGAAAACACCCAUGCCUUAUCCGUCCUCUCCAACUAUGGCUCAAAUAAAACUGGACUGCAAGAGCUUCCCCUGAGAAACUUGCAUGAAAUACUACAAGGCGCUGUGCGCUUCAGCAAUAACCCUGUCCUCUGCAACGUGGAAACCAUCCAGUGGCGGGACAUCGUUGACAACGAUUUUAUAAGCAACAUGUCGAUGGACUUCCAGAACCAAGCGGGCAGGUGUCAAAAGUGUGAUCCAAGCUGUCCCAAUGGAAGUUGCUGGGGUCCGGGAAAGGAGAAUUGCCAGAAACUGACCAAAAUCAUCUGUGCCCAGCAGUGUUCGGGGCGCUGUCGCGGCAGGUCCCCCAGCGACUGCUGCCACAACCAGUGUGCCGCCGGCUGCACGGGGCCCCGCGAGAGCGACUGCCUGGUCUGCCGCAAGUUCCGGGAUGAAGCCACGUGCAAGGACACCUGCCCACCCCUCAUGCUCUACAACCCCACCACCUACCAAAUGGACGUCAACCCAGAGGGAAAAUACAGCUUUGGUGCCACCUGCGUGAAGAAAUGCCCCCGCAACUACGUGGUGACAGACCACGGUUCAUGUGUCCGUGCCUGCAGCUCUGACAGCUACGAGGUGGAGGAGGAUGGUGUCCGCAAGUGUAAGAAGUGUGAGGGGCCUUGUCGCAAAGUUUGUAAUGGAAUAGGGAUUGGCGAGUUCAAAGACACACUUUCCAUAAAUGCUACAAACAUUAAACACUUCAAAAACUGCACGUCGAUCAGCGGAGACCUUCAUAUCUUGCCGGUCGCAUUUAGAGGUGACUCCUUCACGCGUACCCUACCUCUAGAUCCGAAGGAGCUGGAUAUCCUGAAAACCGUCAAGGAAAUAACAGGGUUUUUGCUGAUUCAGGCCUGGCCCGAAAACAGGACGGACCUCCAUGCUUUCGAGAACCUAGAAAUCAUACGUGGAAGAACAAAGCAACAUGGUCAGUUUUCUCUGGCGGUCGUCGGCCUGAACAUAACGUCCUUGGGAUUACGCUCUCUCAAGGAGAUAAGUGAUGGAGAUGUGAUCAUCUCUGGAAACCGAAAAUUGUGCUAUGCAAAUACAAUAAACUGGAAGAAACUCUUUGGGACUUCAAGUCAGAAAACCAAGAUUAUAAACAACAAAGAUGAAAAAGCCUGCAAGGCCAUAGGCCACGUCUGCCAUCCAUUGUGCUCCUCAGAAGGCUGCUGGGGCCCAGGGCCGAGAGACUGCGUGUCCUGCCGAAACGUCAGCCGUGGCAAGGAAUGUGUGGAAAAGUGCAACGUUCUGGAGGGGGAGCCAAGGGAGUUUGUGGAGAAUUCGGAGUGCAUACAGUGCCAUCCGGAAUGCCUGCCCCAGGCCAUGAACAUAACCUGCACAGGACGGGGGCCGGACAGCUGCAUCAAGUGCGCCCACUACGUCGACGGCCCUCACUGCGUCAAGACCUGCCCGGCUGGCAUCAUGGGAGAAAACAACACCCUGGUCUGGAAGUUUUCGGAUGGCAGCCGCGUGUGCCACCUGUGCCAUCCAAACUGCACCUAUGGCUGUGAGGGACCAGGUCUUGAAGGCUGUGCAAAAACGGGGCCCAAGAUCCCAUCCAUUGCUACCGGGAUUGUCGGCGGCCUCCUCUUGGUGGUGGUGGUGGCCCUUGGAGUGGGCCUCUUUUUGCGCCGGCGCCACAUUGUCCGGAAGCGCACGCUUCGCAGACUGCUGCAAGAAAGAGAGCUUGUCGAGCCUCUUACACCCAGCGGAGAAGCUCCCAACCAGGCUCUCUUGAGGAUCUUAAAGGAGACGGAGUUCAAAAAGAUCAAGGUGCUGGGCUCUGGAGCAUUCGGCACAGUGUACAAGGGACUCUGGAUCCCAGAAGGGGAGAAGGUUAAAAUUCCCGUGGCCAUCAAGGAAUUGAGAGAAGCCACGUCUCCCAAAGCCAACAAGGAAAUUCUUGAUGAAGCCUAUGUGAUGGCCAGUGUGGACAAUCCCCACGUGUGCCGCCUCCUGGGCAUCUGCCUGACGUCCACGGUGCAGCUCAUCACGCAGCUCAUGCCCUUUGGCUGCCUCCUGGACUAUGUCCGCGAGCACAAGGACAACAUCGGCUCCCAGCACCUGCUCAACUGGUGUGUGCAGAUUGCAAAGGGCAUGAACUACCUGGAAGACCGGCGCUUGGUGCACCGCGACCUGGCGGCCAGGAACGUCCUGGUGAAGACCCCGCAGCACGUCAAGAUCACAGAUUUCGGGCUGGCCAAACUGCUGGGUGCCGAGGAGAAAGAGUACCACGCGGAAGGAGGCAAAGUGCCUAUCAAGUGGAUGGCUUUAGAAUCGAUUUUACACCGAAUUUAUACCCACCAAAGCGAUGUGUGGAGCUACGGCGUCACCGUGUGGGAGCUGAUGACCUUCGGGUCCAAGCCUUACGACGGUAUCCCCGCAAGUGAGAUCUCCACCAUCCUGGAGAAGGGAGAGCGCCUCCCGCAGCCGCCCAUAUGCACCAUCGAUGUCUACAUGAUCAUGGUCAAGUGCUGGAUGAUAGAUGCAGACAGUCGCCCAAAAUUCCGUGAGUUGAUCAUCGAAUUCUCCAAAAUGGCCCGAGACCCGCAGCGCUACCUUGUCAUCCAGGGAGAUGAGAGGAUGCAUUUGCCAAGCCCUACAGACUCCAAUUUUUACCGCGCCCUGAUGGACGAGGAGGACAUGGAGGAUGUUGUGGAUGCUGACGAGUACCUCAUCCCCCAGCAGGGCUUCUUCCACAGCCCCUCCACUUCCCGGACCCCCCUCCUAAGUUCUCUGAGCGCCACCAGCAACAGUUCCACCGUGGCUUGCAUCGACCGAAAUGGGACCUGUCCCCUCAAAGAAGACAGCUUCUUGCAGCGGUACAGCUCAGACCCCACUGGCACCUUGACGGAGGACAACAUAGAUGACACUUUCCUCCCAGCACCCGAAUACAUAAACCAGUCUGUUCCCAAAAGGCCUGCGGGUUCUGUCCAGAAUCCCGUCUAUCACAAUCAGCCUCUAAAUCCAGCUCCUGCCAGAGACCCUCACUACCAAAAUCCCCACAGCAACGCAGUGGACAACCCUGAGUAUCUCAACACCCACCCCACCUGCGUCAACAGUGUCCUCGACGGGCCCAGCCUCUGGACCCAGGAGGCCAACCACCAAAUCAGCCUGGACAACCCUGACUACCAGCAGGACUUCUUUCCCAAGGAAGCCAAGUCCAAUGGCAUUUUUAAGGGCCCUGCAGCUGAAAAUGCAGACUACCUGAGGGUAGCGCCACCAAGCAGUGAGUUUAUUGGAGCGUGACCACGGAGGAUAGCCUUGGCCAUAAGAGUCUCAGAUGUUUCAGCCCCCUGGGACCCAGUCGUGGCAGCUGCUCCAGUGCUGAUAACCUGCCCACAUUAACUCUUGGACCUGUUGACUGGUUUGGCCCUAUUUGCUCCAAUGGACUCAUCUUUCACCCAGGAUGUGCCCGCUACGUGGAUGUACUUUGGGAAGAGUUACUGGGACAUUCCUUUGUCUUCAAACUGUGAGGCCUCCACAAAAAGGAAUCCAGCAAGAAUAUUGUCUAUUUGGGCAGAAGUUCACCUUCCGAUGAGGUAUAUUUGAUUAAAAAAAAAAAACUGUAAAAGGAAUUUUAUUGCUUGGGGACCCUUAAGGCAAUUUUAAUUGUCAUCGUUGAUUUUAUUUCUCAUGGGCUUUUCCAAUGGGGAAGAAGCUUGCUCAUAGCACUUGCUGCACUGAGUUGAUCCAGGCUCAACUGUGACCAAGAAGCAAGGGUCAGUCUUCCAGCUAACCUUUGAUUCCACUGACUCUGCUUCAAGACUCUCCCACUGCAAGACAAUUAAAAAAAAAAAAAAAAAAAAAAAAAAAAAAAACAACUCUAGGAGUACUCAGAGUCCUAAGUAGGACGGAUUGAUACUGUAGCAAAUCAUAGCAGGUACAAGAGGAUAAGCCACUUUGAACCCUUCCUGAUUGGAGAAGAAAUGCAGGCGUAGACUUCUUCUUCAGACUUCUUUUUAUAUAAAUUUCUUCAUGGUACUUACUCUCUAUCGGUCGACCAGUGUUUUCUAGUUUUAAGUAUCGGACCUAAUUUUCCAUUCCAGCAUGCUUUCCCCGUCAGUGUAGACGAGACGGUACAUCAAACCGUAACCUGGACCAGCUCCUGUUUGGUCGGCGUUCAGACCUAUAGCCUUUAACCAAGAUGGAACAGUACUGCAAAAGGUCGCACCAGCCAUGGCUCCCAGAUUUGAGUCUCGCAGGAAAUACGUCAAGUCCUUCGGGGGUUGGGGAGUGGGCCCAUAUCGGCCCAGUGCAGAAGCGAUGCUCCUCCUAGAGCCCACUCAGUCUCCCACCCGCCCCCACCCGCCCCCACGUGGCCAAAUUAGGCCACUUAUGGGAAAUAAUUUUUAUUUUACUUUAGAAGUUUUUUACUCCAAGGGUACUUUGUUUUCCCCCCUUUCUGGUAAGCUGCCCCCAAAGCCCCUCUUCGCCCUUUGUGGAUGAAAGGAUCCAGGCUCUUGGGGCCCACCCUACAGGAACUUACAGCCCUCACCCCGGGGGCACAUGUUACAGGUGGAAUGAAAGUGGUAAAUAUGAAAUCGGAGUUUGACAGUGAUGAUGAUGAUGCCUUAACAACAUCAACAGGGAGUUUUUUUCCCUGCCAUUGGAAGAUCUGGCUCAUUUAGGACACCACGUGCGUCCUGGCAACGUGUGAUGGGUUCACGACAGUCCUUUGUACCCACAGGUCUUCAACACUCUUUGUCAGUAUCCAGUUUUUCAAGGAAAAAAAUGUUUCAGACAGUAUUUUCGGCCUCCGGAUGUCUUCAGCCAUACGCACGUAUGAGAUUUUCCUUUGGCCGGUCAAGUAUUUCUUGACUCUCAGAUCGGGGCCCUACUGUUUUGUUACCACAAUACGAAUUUUGUCCCCCUGGAAGUAUAAACUCUAUUUGAUUUAAUUCCACUUUGUCUUCAGAGACUCGUAAGCACCCAUACCAGCCCAGCGUAAGCACGGAAGGUAUAAAAACAAGGAACACCUAAUCCCCGAGUCCAAGAAAUUCACAAUUUAGCAAAGGAAGUUGACUUGACUCAUAAAUACAAACCGUAAAACAAUACAACAGAUGCUAGGUGAGGCAGGUCGGCCAGGCACAUGGCAGGAAAGAGUGGAUCCCGCCUGGUGGAUCUGGAAGGCUCAUGGGGGGAGGGGGGGGCGGCGUUGGGCCAAGCAGGAAAGCUUGACCAAGCAAGCACCUGCCAGAGGGACCCCUAGUAAAGUGGGAGGAAGCCUGCAUUAGUUCAUCUUAACGUACUGUCCCGUGCAGCCCAGGACCAUCUCGCCCCACGGCCCUACAUGAGGUCCCUCCCUGGGAAUUGGAAAAUGAUCAGUGAGAAGAUGAAACAUUCCUAAGUAUCUAAACUUUUGUGCCAUUGUCAGUAAGCCACGUUGGUUGUUGCUUCGCCUCAGCACACAGGCCUUUUAGGGAGACGUCUAUUCGGCCCAGGGAAACAGAAGGAUGCGUAUUUUGUUGCCACUUAUGCGUCAAGAAGCAAGUGAACCGAUGAGGGAGAGCAACCAUAUGUCAGUCCAACUGUAGCAGUUAAAUCCUAGUAUUUUUGUAAUUUGCAAUAUUUUACUAUAACAUAAUAAAACAGCAAAAACUA